AUGGCUCGAAGGGCCGGAGAGUCUAAUCGAUUUAGUCAAACAAGCAUUCUACAAGGUGGUCGGACGAUCAAGUCUCACAUGGAAGGAGCUGCAAAAAGUGAUUCUCGACGUGGAAAUCUGUCUCAACAACCGUCCACUGGCCUAUGUCGAGGACGAUCCUGA